CACCAACAUCCGGCGGGAAACAGCUGAGUCGAACAGAAGAUAGAAAGUGAGCCAUUCUCAUUGAUGCCAUCAAACUGAGGGAUUGACAGAAUGGCACGAACAAAAUCUGGUAAGCCAGGAGGCUGGAAGUCAAAUUCAUCAGAGUGGGGGAUGAAAAAGAAGAAGAAAAGAACCCAGAGGAAACCGAAACGGAAGAAUCGUCUCUCUGGGAGGAUGAAGAAGGUUGCUCCCCAGAGGCCCUGGCUACCAUACAUGUCCCAGCUUGACGUGGACUUCAUCGCAGGGUUUGCCUAUGGGAGUCACAUUCAUCCCCAGAUCAUAGACCUGGAGGACCUGGACAUGUCGCCAGAUGAGAUGGAUUAUGAAGUUAUGUUUGGGACCAUCAGGACAGACAUUGUUGGUAUACAGUACUACAAGGGCACGGUAAACAAUGGUGAGAUGGUGAGCCUUGAGCGAGAGCCACAAAAUGUGUACGACCUCAACGCAAUCCGAGUAACCAACCUGGACCGUGUGCAGGUCGGCCAUCUGAAGAGAGAGGUGGCCAGAGCACUCGCCUUUGUCGUGGACAAUAACUUGGCCAGGCUGGAAGGUGUGGUUCCUCAUGGAGCAACAAACAUGUACAAGAUGACCGUCGACCUGACACUGUGGGGGCAACCAGAGAAAAAACAGCGGGCAGUGGACGUCCUGCGGUCACAUGGACUGUUCAUGAAGGUCACUUCAGGGGGCGUGGCAGCCAGCAAGUCCGGACCCAGCAUGGCCGGAAACAGGAUGGCCGGACCCAACAUGGCCGGACCCAACAUGGCCGGACCCAGCUACGACUACAGCCAUGUGGUCACGCAUCGACAGUUCCUGUCACCAGCAGAGGUGAAGAACGAGCUGGACAAGCUGUUUGAGUCUCUCCACGAGGAUGACAAGACAACCAUGACAUCCCCAGUACAGGCCAUCAAGUCAGAGCUGUAUCCCCAUCAGAAGCAGGGACUGAACUGGCUCAUCUCUCGGGAGAACGCCAACAACCUACCGCCAUUCUGGGAGAAGCGGAAGAACGGCUACUUCAAUAGUCUCACCGUGUCCACCUCCGGCAACCAGCCCAAGAGCAUCAGAGGAGGUAUUCUGGCUGAUGACAUGGGUCUGGGUAAGACUCUAGAGAUCAUCUCAUUGAUUCUAACCAACUUCGUCGACAAGCAGCCUCUAGCUCAACCAGUCCCAGGGAGAGUGCGUGCAUCCAGACAUACUAAGACUCACAAAAGGAAAAGAAAACAGUCUCUAACUGAUGAAAAGCAUCAGGCAACAGAGGAGACUGUUUGCCCAUUUGAAAAAAUCCGAGCCUUGGAGGCAGAGAUUGAAUCUCUGGAUGACCAAAAAGGAAAACUCCCAGAGUGGAGAAGAUGGGCCUUGCAAUGUUAAGAAGAGAAGGCCAAGCUUCCCUUCAGACUGCAGCUAAAACAGGACUCCAGUUUUGUGGAGGUUUCAGGGGAAGGAAGGUCAUUCCAGGUGAAAACUGAGGACUGUGACAGCAUGUCUAGAAGUGACAGCAUGUCUAGAAGUGUUGAUGACCAAAAUGACCUUGACCUAGGGAAAGGACUUGCGGUAGAGAACUCCGAUUCACUGAAGGAAGUUGAUGCCAACUAUCUACCUGAGGUGGAUUUGGAAGUAAAGAGAGAGUCAGAGUCAGCCCGACCUAGGAGGUGCACUAAGAGGCCUGCCAGGUAUACAUUCAGUGACACUGAAGAGGACGUAGCAUGUGAGAAGGUCAACGAAGAGAUGAGAGAUCAGGGAACAGGUCAAGGUCGUGGGAUAGGUCGUGGAAAGGGAGCCACAUGGACAGGAGGGAAAGGAAAGGGGAAGAGUAAAGGGAAGUCACGGGAAGGCAGCUGUCCACCUCUACCCCGUCUGGACAUAGAUGAACUUCCAGACCUCUCAUUCCAAAGUUGCACCCAAGACGGAGGAGCGUAUGUUCACGAGGAGUCGGACACUGACUCAAGUGAUGAUGAACUCCCAGAUGUCCACGUUCCGUUCAAGUGGAAUGAAGCAGGUCUCAGCAACUGUGAUCAGACCACAGGGAGGACUCACACAGAUGGAGCUCGGGCAACUCUCAUCAUCUGCCCCCUGUCGGUGCUCAGUAACUGGCUGGACCAGUUUGAGGAGCACCUACAUGACUGUGUGCACCUGGAGAUUUACACCUACUAUGGAGGAAGUCGCACCAAGGACGUAGGCAUCCUGGCACAUCAGGAUGUUGUGCUGACCACAUAUUCCACUCUUGCUGCUGAUGCCAAGACAAAAGAUCGUCCGUUACACAAGGUGGACUGGCUGAGGGUGGUGCUGGACGAAGGGCAUGUCAUCCGGAACCCCAAGGCCCAACAGACCAAGGCUGUGAUGGAACUCAAGACCCAGCGGAGAUGGGUUCUGACAGGAACUCCGAUUCAGAACUCAAUGAAGGAUCUUUGGUCACUGAUCAACUUCCUACAAAUCUCCCCACUCACAGAGCGACAGUGGUGGUAUCGUACCAUCGAGAGGCCACUAGCACGAGGGGACAAGUGUGCUCUCAAACGUGUGCAGCACCUGAUGGCCAACAUAGCACUACGUCGUACAAAGACCAUGAAGGUGAACAACAGGCCCCUGGUGGAGCUGCCAGCUCGGAACACCUUCAUUGAACGCAUCCAGCUGUCGGAAGAAGAGAGAAAGGUCUACACUGCCAUGCAGAAUGAAGGCAAAAUUAUCAUCAGCAAGUAUUUCCGCGAGGGGACUCUGCUACACAACUACGGCCAGGUGCUGGCUAUACUGAUGAGGCUGCGGCAGAUGUGCUGCCACCCUUCCCUGGUGGCCAGGGCUGCUGAAGCUGUCAAGGAUACACAAGAUUUCCUAGACAAAAUGGACAAGGCUGAGAACGCUGAUGAGGCAAAGGAGAAGCUGGUGGAGACGUUGCUGAUGGUGCUCAAGUCGGGGUCGGAUGAGGAGUGUGCUGUGUGUCUGGACAGCCUGAAGAGCCCGGUCAUCACCCCCUGUGCUCACGUCUACUGCCGGAGAUGCAUCGUCGCUGUUAUCAACAAUGAGAAGCCCAACUCCAAGUGCCCUCUCUGUAGAGGAGACAUCAAUGAAGCCAAGCUGAUCGAAGUGCCUCCUGAGCACCAAACAGAGCAGAGUUACGAACCAAAUUAUCUGGCAGACUGGCAGUCCAGUGCGAAGGUGGAUGCCCUGAUGAGCGGUCUUGUCAAGCUGAGGACAGAAGACCCUACAGUGAAGAGUCUGGUUGUGUCACAGUUCACCUCAUUCCUCACACUUCUAGAGGUACCACUCAGAGCUAAUGGCUUCAAGUUUGCUCGCUUGGAUGGCACUAUGUCUGCAGCAAAUAGAGUAGCAGCCAUACAGGAAUUCUCUGAGACAGGCCCCAAGACACCAACCAUCUUCCUCUUGUCACUGAAGGCUGGCGGUGUUGGUCUGAACCUCACAGCCGCGUCCCGGGUGUUUCUCAUGGACCCUGCAUGGAACCCGGCAGCAGAGGAGCAGUGCUUUGAUCGAUGUCAUCGCCUGGGACAGACCAGGGAUGUUGUCAUUACUAAGUUCCUAGUGGAGGAGUCGGUGGAGGAGAGGAUGCUGCAGUUGCAGGAGAAGAAGCGCCAGUUGAUGCAGGGAGCUUUUGGACAGAAGCAGACCGUGGAGCAGCGUCGACAGACCCGCAUCUCCGAGAUCAAGAAACUUAUGGACCUGUAGGCCAGUUGGUCAGCAGCUUUGAGGAACAGAAGACUGGGACUUUUGGGAGUUUUCACACCUAUGUGCUAGCCUCUGUGUCUUUUUUAUGAACUGUGUCUGUAUGUGUUAUGAUCUAUGUUAUGAUCUGCAUCUGGAUGUGUUAUGAUCUAUGUUAUGGUCUGCAUCUGGAUGUGUUAUGAUCUGUGUCUGUAUGUGUUAUGAUCUGCAUCUGGAUGUGUUAUGAUCUGCAUCUGGAUGUUACGAUCGGCACCUGUAUCUGUUAUGAUCUGCGCCUGUAUGUGUUAUGAUCUGCGCCUGUAUGUGUUAUGAUCUGCGCCUGUAUGUGUUAUGAUCUGCAUCUGGAUGUGUUAUGAUCUGCAUCUGGAUGUGUUAUGAUCUGUGUCUGUAUGUGUAAUGACCGGUGCUUCUAUGUAUCUGUCUGU